AUGGAUCCAACCAGAGCCCCGGAUUUUAAACCACCAUCUCCAAAUGAGGAAUUGAAUCCUCCACCUGACCCAGAAUCUAAAAUUCCUAAAUCCAUGCCAAUUAUUCCUUACGUACUAGCCGAUGCAAACUCCUCUAUUGAUGCACCUUUUAAUAUUAAAAGGAAGAAAAAGCAUUCUAAACUUCACCACCACCAUCAUCAUAAUCACAGUCACAAAGAAGGUAUUGAUAAAAAACAUCAGCAUAUUCCAUUGAAUCAAGAUGACUUUCAGCCACUUUCUGCCGAGGUAUCCUCCGAAGAUGACGAUACUGAUUUUAGGCCUAACGAAAAAUCCGGCUCGGAUUCAACUACAGAAUCAGAAACUAGAGGGGUUCAAAAAUAUCAGAUCGCUGAUUUGGAAGAAGUCCCGCAUGGAAUCGUUCGUCAGGCAAGAACCUUGGAAGACUACGAAUUUCCUUCACACAGAUUAUCGAGAAAAUUGUUGGACCCCAACAAACUGCCGUUAGUGAUAGUAGCGUGUGGGUCCUUUUCACCAAUCACAUAUUUGCAUUUAAGAAUGUUUGAAAUGGCUUUAGACGCAAUCUCUGAGCAAACAAGAUUCGAAGUCAUAGGUGGUUAUUACUCCCCCGUCAGCGAUAACUAUCAAAAACAAGGCUUGGCACCAUCUUGCCAUAGAGUACGCAUGUGUGAAUUGGCUUGUGAGAGAACAUCAUCUUGGUUGAUGGUAGACGCAUGGGAAUCAUUGCAACCUUCGUACACAAGAACUGCUAAAGUAUUGGACCAUUUCAAUCACGAAAUUAAUAUCAAAAGAGGUGGUGUAACUACUGUCACCGGAGAAAAAAUCGGUGUAAAAAUAAUGUUAUUAGCAGGCGGUGACUUGAUAGAAUCAAUGGGUGAGCCGAAUGUUUGGGCAGACGCCGAUUUGCAUCACAUCUUGGGUAAUUACGGUUGUUUGAUCGUCGAACGUACUGGUUCUGACGUUAGAUCGUUUCUGUUAUCACACGAUAUUAUGUACGAGCAUAGAAGGAACAUUCUUAUCAUUAAACAACUCAUUUAUAAUGAUAUCUCUUCUACGAAGGUUCGCCUUUUUAUUAGGCGGGCCAUGUCUGUACAAUAUUUGUUGCCAAAUUCGGUCAUCAGAUAUAUCCAAGAACAUAGACUGUAUGUGGAUCAAACCGAGCCUGUCAAGCAAGUUCUUGGAAACAAGGAAUGA